AUGUUUGCCAUCAAGGGGAAUGAAGAUGUUAUUGGACAAAAAAGCAGUACCGCGCCUUCCGCAAUGACUUUUAGGGAAAGCCAUGCUGACAACACAAGUCCCAAAUCUUACCGACCUUUAACAGUCCUCACAUUCCAAGUCAAUUACUGGCUUGGAGGAGGCAAGCCUUAUACCUUCCAUCUUGUCAACUGCCUUCUUCAUCUUUCUGUGAUUCAUCUGCUGAUUUACGUUUGUCAGAGAUUCUUCCAUUUACCUCAUAAAUCAGCCCAACUGGUUGGACUUCUGUUUGCAGUUCAUCCAGUACAUUCAGAAGCUGUUGCUGGAAUUGUGGGAAGGGCUGAAAUACUUGCUGCACUUCUUUUCCUGUUGUCUUUCAUUUUCUAUGCUCGGAAUGUUCAGGCUGAAUAUGAAAAUCCUGAAUGCCAUACAUUGCAAAUCUGUAUUUCUUUUAUACUGGGGGCUUCAAGUAUGUUGUGCAAAGAGACUGGAAUCACUGUAUUAGGCAUCUGUGCUGUCUAUGAAUGUGCCAUAUUUUAUCAAAGAUAUUCUCAACUGGAAAGGAAUAAAAUUUCCGCUUUUGUGAGACGAAUCUUCAAAUUAUUCAUUACAAUUAUUGGUUUACUGAUAUUCCGUAUGUGGAUAAUGGUUAAUACAUUACCAGUAUUCAAAGAAGAAGAUAAUCCAACUGCCUUUGCUCCAAGAUUCAUUACCAGAUUUCUAACCUACAGUCAUCUGUGUGCCUGGAAUGGCUACCUUUUGCUAUUGCCAAUCGCUCUCUGUUAUGACUGGCAAUCCAGCAGCAUCCAGCUCAUUAAUACCUGCUCUGAUCCUCGCAAUACAUUUACAGUGGCCUUUUUCCUCAUCCUCAUCCUUAUCACUAUAAAGAGUCUGCAAAAUAAAUCCGACUACACGGUUCUCAUGAGUUUAGCUUUUGUUAUUAUCCCUUUCCUGCCUGCAUCAAAUCUCUUCUUUCCUGUUGGGUUUGUAAUUGCUGAAAGAGUGCUCUAUAUACCAAGCAUUGGUUAUUGCAUUCUUGUGGUACAUGGUUUAAAUCUUUUAGAAAAAAGAUUCCAGCAGUAUUCAAAGCAGAUCUGGGUUGUCUUUCUAUUCAUUUGCUUUGUCCUUUCUUUGAAAACUUGGAAACAGAACCAAACUUGGCAUUCCAGAGAAUCCUUAUUCUUAUCAGGUUUAAGAGCACAACCCCAAAAUGCCAAAGUUCAUUACAACUUUGCAAAUCUGAUGAAGGACAAAGGUGAAACAGAUGCUGCAAUCUACCAUUACCGAAAAGUCCUACGCUCAUGGCCUAAGCACGCCAGCUCGCAUAAUAACCUUGGCAUCCUGCUCACUGAUAAAAAGAAAGCUCGGUAUCAUUACGAGAAAGCCUUAGAAAUAUCACCACAACAUAUAAGUGCCCUCAUCAACUUAGGAGCAUUGCUAAAUGAAGAGGGUAAUGUUGAAGAAGCAAUUCUGUUGAUAAAAAAAGCUGUCCACUUGAGUGCUCCAAAUGCACCACUAUUUCUAACCCUAGGAAAUCUGCUUGCACAGAAUCGUCAAAUGGAUGAAGCGCAAAAAUUCUUCGAGGCAGCCAUAAGCAUGAGACCAAAUUAUGCCGAUGCAUACAAUUAUUAUGGUUCGUUCUUCCAACAAAAAGGGGACAUCAAGAAGGCACUGGAGUUCUACCACAAAGCAGUGGACCAAGAUUCCCAGCAUGUUCGAGCAAUGACCAACGCAGCCCGCAGCCUUGAACAUCUUCAUCAAUAUGAUGAGGCUGAAAUGAUGUUGCUAAGAGCAAUUUCUGUCCAGCAGAGUCCAGUAAUUUUGGACCAGUUGGGGAUGCUCUACCUUAACAGAGGACAGCUGAACAAAUCCCUUAAUGUCUUUCAACAAAUUCUUGCUGAGACUCAUUCUGGUUUGAAUAACACAGACAUAAUUCUCCACUACGCACAAGUAUUAGCUGAAUCAAAGAAAAUGGUCGAGGCUAAAACCGUUCUUUUGCAAGUCAUCAAAAGCCAGUCUUCAGCAGCCAAAUUCAAAGCCACAGUUCUUUUGUCUAGAAUGUAUGGAAUGCAAAAACUGCACAAAGAUGCAGUUGAUCUGCUAAGCAAUGUCAUUUACACACACCAUGGAUCUGACGAAGAACUCACAGAGCUGCUUUAUGAACGUGGCAAUCACCAAAGGGAUGAUGAACAAUAUUCAGAAGCCCUUUUGAGUUAUAAACAAAGUCUUGAAAUUGGGAAGAAAAAAGAUGGCAAAACAGAAUUCAACAUCGGAACAGUUUACCAUUUGCUGUAG